AUGGCGGAACCAAAGCUCGGGAAGGACGUGUCCUUAAGCAAAACUGACGAUAAUCCCGAUUCGAAAGAUCAUGUUUAUCUCGAAGAAACGUUUUAUAUUCUCACCAAGAAGAAAUCUGUGUUUCGUGUACGGCUAACAUCGAAAGGGCUGUCUUUAAUUAAAGAUACUGAUGGUUAUUCGAAAGAGCAAGCGAUUCUUUUGAGAGACAUUAUCGGCAGCAAAUGUAUGAGAAGUAAAAGGCGUCGAGCUGGUGCCGGCUCCUGUGUGUGCAGUUCCUUGGCUGGCCACCACCUCAAAGUAGUGGAUGAAAACAGUGGCGACCUUGACGAGAGCGAUAUCAGUGCUUAUCUUUACAUUUACGCGUACGUUCUAAAGCGCAGUCGCCGCACUCAGAAGCGCGAGAGAACAACAAUAACAUUGCGAUUUAGAUCCUACGACAGGUACGAGGACAACAAUAGGGAGGCACAGAAGUGGCGGACUACAAUCAAAUGUUUGUUAGCAGAUUCUCCUGUCUCUUACACUUUGCCACACAACGAUAAAAAGUUAUUGAUAUUGUUGAAUCCUAAGUCGGGGCCUGGUAAGGCGAGGGAGCUGUUUCAGACUAAAGUUGCGCCUAUUUUACAAGAGGCUGAGGCCUCUUACGAUCUACACGUUACGAAGUAUGCUAAAUAUGCUCGCGAGUUUGUUCGCACGAGAAAUGUUUACUCCUGGCGCGGGAUAGUGGCAGUCGGUGGUGAUGGGGUGCUGUUCGAGAUACUGAAUGGAAUGUUCGAGCGGUUGGACUGGCAGCAGGCUCUGGAAGAAGUGCCACUGGCAAUCCUGCCAUGUGGUUCAGGAAAUGGCUUAGCAAGGACAAUCUGCCAUCACUACAAUGAGCCUUACAUACCACAAAACUUGACGGGCUUGUCCAUGUCACUGGCCAGAGGGAAAACUGCGCCCAUGGACGUUGUCAGAGUCGAGACGAAAUCAAAAAUAAUGUUUUCCUUCUUAUCGGUCGGCUGGGGCUUGCUAUCCGACAUUGAUAUAGAAAGUGAAAGAUUAAGAGCGAUAGGUGGACAAAGGUUUACACUUUGGGCAUUGGCGCGGCUGGUCGGAUUGAGAAAGUACAAAGGCGUGGUUAGCUACGCCAAAAUAAAGGAUAUCAGCAACUUGCCGAAGCCGAAACACCCGUUGACGAUAGGCCACAGCGUGAGUCAGGACGACGCUCUAGAUUCACCAGAUGUGGAAGCUUUCUUCGAUUGUGAUGAGAAUUCCGAAGUAUUCACCAGCGCGGUCAACGGUAAAAGACAUCAGCGUGUAGACUCCUGGUACUCCGUGAAUUCCAGGAGAAGUGCCUUCUACAGCACGCGAGGUUCCGAUUACCACAGCGUCACGAGUAGUGGCUCCGAAAUGCGAUCGCCGGUUCACGCGUGCAUGCAUGGUCCCGCUUCACACUUGCCUUCGCUCGUAUCACAAUUACCAUCGCAUUGGGUGCACGAAGAAGGCGAGUUUGUUAUGGUACACGUGUCCCAUCAGUCGUAUAUCGGCGAGGAUUUGCUAUUCGCGCCGAGCUCCCUCCUAUCCGACGGAGUCAUGUGGAUGCUCAUAAUCAAGGCGGGAAUAUCUAGAACUCAAGUACUAUCCUUCCUAAUAGGUAUGAGUCAGGGCAAUCAUUCGGAUGGCAAUAAUGAAUACAUUAAAAUGGUUCCAGUUAGCGCUUUUAGGAUAGUACCUGAGGGUUCAAAUGGCUAUCUCACCGUAGACGGCGAGAUGGUUGAAUAUGGACCAAUCCAAGCCGAAAUAUUUCCCAAUAUAGUCAAUAUCCUGGUACCAGACACAAAAUAACGUUAGAACAUUUUACUUAGCCCUAAAUACUAGUUAUAAUAGUUCAUAAAACGAAUUUGCCGAGCCGUGUGCAAUAAAACAAUAUGAAAUAUAUCAGUAACAGAUGUCAUUAUCUUAAUAUAUCUGAAAAGGUUGUGCCAGAUGACACACUUAAGUAAGUAUACUUAUUUAAACAUUAACGUGUCCGUAAAAUAAGGUAUCCAUUAGUUACUAUUAUAAAAGGAAAUAUGAAAAGAAAUUGGAAAUGUGUGCAUUAUUUGUUGGCUUUAUACUGUUUAAUUUAAUGGAUUUAGUAAAAAAAAAAAAACAGCUAAAAAUGUGAUAAUAUUUUUAAGUGGAUCGUUCGUUUCGAUGAAAAGACACGUAUAAUAACUAGUCAAUGCUAACGAAAUCAAUAAACACAGUGCCAAAUAUUCCGCACUCUAAAUUAUCUAGGAAUUGUUUAAUAAUAUGUGUUUAAAAAUCAAAGUAUUCGAUAUUCACGAUGCGUUGCUCAAAUUAAGGGCAAUUAAAUACGAAUUGAGCACAUCACCUUGUAUUAUAUUAUCUGUACUGCUUUAAACAGUUUUAUUUUAAUUUAGGCAAUUUAUCUGAACCCGUCGUUUUUCGUUUUGGUUCACUAAAUGAUUUCCAUAAUUAGGCGUAAAUAGGUAAGAUAGGUGAUAGGCGCAUGCGGUUCGAGCGAUCAUUAUAAUGAUCAUGAUAAUGAAUUACAUACGAAUGAGUGCGUAUUGCAAAUUAUUAGUAGAAGUAGAGAUUUUGCGACAGUCAUGCCUAUUUCUGCGGCCAAGCAGCAUGGCUGUGUCCCGAUCUGAAGCGUGCGAUUACCGGUGUAAUUACAGGCACAUGCGGCUUAUCUACGCAUCAAGUUAAUGGUCACAAGAUGGCACUUUGUAGCAAGUGUUUUGAUUACAGGCAGUGGCGUGCAUUUCAUACAUGCACAAAAGCACUGCAUACCCAAAUUGUUUUAUAUAAGUUGUAUUGGGGAGAUUUUUUUCCAUUUUAUGCCAUGUACCGGCUUUAUGCAUACCCUGUGCACGCCACUGAUUAGUCAUCUGCUUGGACCGCCAAUUAUAUCUAAAUAAAUAUAAACUUAAAUGUUCCAUACACAUAGAUUGUCGUAUAUUAUAUCAUAUAUUUUUUUUGAAACGUGUGUUAACGCGGUGUAUUCGAGUACCUACCAUAUUUCAUUAAAAUCUUUUAAGCUGGUUCUGCUCGAUAAACUAUUCACAUAUAAACAAAUAAGUAUAACAUUUGUAAAACUAAUGUGUGUGAUACGUUUUAAAUAUUAAUUAAACGUAAUAAUAAUUAAUAUUAAUAUAAUUCAACUCAUUCGUAUGUUGCUGUAUAAUAAAGUGUCCACUGCAACACAGCGCAGGUCGCCAGUGUUCUUUUUACGUGACACUACACUUAUGUGAUUUUCCACAUUAAAUUGUUAUCGGUUGCUUAAUUCCAACCUUUUGUGAUCACUCCAGUAUGGUAAUUAUAUGUACUAUACCGAACUUUGUCCAAUUAUAUAGCGAAAGUCAUAAACAUUAUCAGCUUGUUAGGUACAGGUCUUCCGCGCUUCACUAGGAGAUCUUGUCGUACCUAGUUAUUAUAGCUGUCCUAAUGGUUCUAUCAAAAUUGGGUAAAGUCCAAAAAAGUUACUAAUUUAGGUAUUUGCAUGAAAUAACUAUACUCAAAUUUUUCUAACCUGUCAUAUUGGUAAUGCAAUCAAUUUUUGCCAUUGGUUUCAGUACAUAAUAUAUAUACAUUUAAAUAAGCAGUUUUUUUUUUAAUUUUUUAAAACAUACUUUUAAAAUUAAGUAGAGAAUUAAAAAAUUCCCAUAACAUUACAUAAGAUGUGUAAGAAAAAAUGGACUAUGGGUAAAAUAGGUUGUACAGAAAUCCUCAACCUGCAUAAAUUAUAACAAUAGUGAUUUUUUCCCGAGGACAGUGGGAGACAAAUUUAUUUAAGUUCAGGAUAUAUUGUGUGUACCUGAGACCUAAAUUAAUUCAAAUAAUAUCGCAGCUAAUUAAAUGUUACGUUUGUAGUAUGUGGGGUUCUGGGUGCUGGUGGAAUAAUAUAUUAAUAUAAUUUUUAAUGUGUAUAUUUUAUAAUCUUUCUGUGAUAAUAUCAGUUUCUGCCAUAAUAGUAGUUUGAUCAUUAUUCUCAACCCCAUAGUUUUGUGCCUAAUAUUGACAUGUUUUUUUUAUCUGAGAAGUUUUCUAUACACUUUGAAUUUUAAUACAAUGUUUUUUAUCUACAUACUGUACAAUAAUAAUUAUUAUUAUAUACCUACCUACAAAUUUUCUGAUAAUUUGAAACAGCACAAUAUUUAAUAAAUAGCUAGGUAUUUUAAGUUAUUGAAGUUGUUCAACACAUGUAUGUAUUUUAUUUUAUGGUAUGCAUAAACUGUUUAUAUUGCUAGAAGUAACCGAAGAAAUCGCCACUGUCGAAAAUAUUUAAACCUAGAUGUAGUACCAAAGUAGGAUAAAUCCAUGAAUUAUUGUACAAAAGUUCCUCAAAAGCUUUUAAACCAGUGGUCUAAAUAUUCUACUUAAUAGACCUUGUAUUAUUUAAAUGAUGUGAUUGAUUGCGUUUUUUUCUGGAUUAUAUACCUACUGAUUAAUAAUAAUGUGGGAAUCUUUAUUGCAUGUGUUAUUUUUAUGUUCUUAAAAUAUAAACACUAUUUGCUAAAUUUCAAAUGUAAAGGGGGCUCUAAUAGCAAUUGUGCACUUGUCCUAUCCAAAUCUAACAAAUCACUUUAAUGAAAUAGUACCUAUUUACUUCUCUAAAUUAAGAUAAGAUACAACAGCUACUGAAUCAAGACAAAAUACAGUGUAGAAUUAGGUACAUGUUAUUCUGGAGCUGACUUUUCAGAUUCGAUUUGGCUAUAUUUACUCUGACAAAUAGAUUAAAUGCUUUGAUCUUAGUCUGAGAGCUAAGACUAAAAUGAUGGAAGAUAUUAUAAUCAUAUCUUAAAAAAGUUUGCAGAAAUGUAUGUUUUGUAUGCUUGUUUACUACUUAACAUAUAUUCCAGACAGCAAU